GUCACCCAAAUCCUCUCUCUCUCUCUCUCUCUCUCUCUACAUGCCUUUCUGGGUUUUCUUGUUUCUUAUUUCCAUCCUUUGCUUGCCUUUUACAACAACUAUACCAUUUUGAUCUUUCUCUCUCUCUCCCUACUUUAUUCCAUGCACCUUUCUUUGAUUAUGUUUCUUUCUUCAACAAGAGAUUUGAGUAUUUUUACAUUCUUGUGCUUUUUCUUCACCAAUUCCUUUAAUUUGGUCACUUAAUAAAGCACAAAAACCCAAUCAAUUGUUCUUCUUUUAAACCCUUUUAGCUUUUCUUUCAAAAAAUUAAACCCAAAUCUCCUCCUAAUUAAAUUGCCAACUUGAUUAUAAUUUGCACUUUUUUUGCUCUUCUUUUUGUUUAUACCAAGUUACAUUAUAAGAAAAUGCCAUUGGAAGGAGGGGUUUUCAUCCAACAUUCUUCAAACCCAAUUCCUGAUCUCUCUCUUCACAUUAGUCCUCCUAAUGCUACUUCCACUUCUUCUUCAAUCAAUGGAAUUAUAGAUACAAAUUUCAAUCUUUCAAGCACUUUGAUCAAGACCACUAGUGAUUCACAACAGCCUUACAAUACUGAGCUCUCUCUAUCACACCCAUCUAAAGUGAUUGAUGGUAGUGAAAUAAGCCUAAACCAUGGGGUUUCACUACUUGAUGUAUCUUCAUCAUCAUUGGACGGUGGUUUGAGGCCGAUUAAAGGGAUUCCGGUGUAUCACAGCCGUCCGUUCCUCUUCUCUUCUUCUCCUUUAAACCACAACCACAAAGAUCCGACGAUGAACCAAAUCCCUCCUUCCUCUCUAGGUCAUAAUCAUCAGUCUUCUUACGGCCGGUUACCGCAAACAGCACCAUCAAGGCUGAAUGGGUUUUAUGGAUCUUGCGAUGAUGGUAUGAUUAGAUCAAGAUUUCUUCCAAAAUUUCCCACAAAGAGGAGUAUGAGGGCGCCGAGGAUGCGAUGGAAUAGCACUCUUCAUGCUAGAUUUGUUUACGCUGUUGAGCUACUUGGAGGCCAUGAAAGGGCAACUCCAAAGGGAGUUAUGGAGCUGAUGGAUGUCAAAGAUCUGACAUUGUCUCAUGUCAAGAGUCAUUUACAGAUGUAUCGAACUGUUAAAACCACCGACAGACCUGCUGCUUCCUCAGAUGGAUCAGGAGAGGAAGAUAUAACCUCAAUAGGCAAUAAUAUUGAUGCAAGUGAAAGAAUAUUCAGAAAUCAAAGAGGACCAUCAUUAGAUGUAUCAUUGCAACAACAAACGGACUACUCUUCUACUACUAGUAAUAGUACUACUUCACUCUGGAGUAACCCUUCAAGUAGAGAGGCCUGGCAACAAACAAAUUCCAAUGACAUGGAUGGACAAAGAAAAGGAUCAUUCAGACAACAACAAAGAUUUGGAAGACAUACUGAGGACUGUGAUUCAAUUCAGAUGAAAGGAUAUUUAGAGUCUAAUUUGUAUUGCAAGAACCCAAGUUUGGAGUUCACAUUAGGCAGACCAUAGGAUAUUGGGAAGGAGCUAUAUAAGUUCUACUCCUCAUUUUCCUCUCUGCAUGGUUGUCAGGUAUAUAUGUUCGCUUGUAAAAUUUUGAAGAAAUUAUAAAUGUGUAUUAUUCAGCAUAAUUAAUCCAACAAUAUAUCAAAUUCAUCGCGAUCAGACAUGAAAAUUCUAGACUGUUCGGAUAUGAACUCAAAACAU